AUGUCAGACCGCGGGGAGACCGUUACUAUUAUUGGCCCUGGCACUCUUCUGCCUCUCCAUCUACCAACUCCUAGACUUUUUCGCUCCGAGAACUUCGAAGAGAUUAUGGAAGAUUCUCGGAAACGCAACGAAAGAAAUGAACACGUCCAUCCACCAAUCAACUUUCGAUUUGAUAGAAGUUAUCAGCGCGAAGCAGCUGUCUCUCCAAGGGUAGAAAAAUGCCACAAUAACCCCCAAGUUUAUGAUAAAAUAACCCCAUGCACUAUUGACGCCCCUAAGACGGUUCAUCCUUUAUCCAAACGUCCUCGAGGCCAGUCGAGUGCUCCGACAAAAGUUACAUUAAUCAAAAGCCCAAACAACGACGAGGAGGUAGUAGCGGUUGGUUCAGAACCACUUAUGUACGAGAACGUACUUCUGGGUAAACAACUUCCGUUUCUUCCCAAUGCCCCCGACACCCAAAUUCAACGCAGAGGAUCAAUAUGGGAGAAGAUAAAGCAGUUUGUAAGGAAAGUGGCUGGUAUUGGAAGAUUUGGGAGCACGGCUACUGUCCUAGGGUCUGGCCCGACCAGAGGGUGA